CCCCAGGGAAACUUCCCAUUACAUGUACGUUUGAUCAGCAAAGUUUAAUUACCAAGAGGUCCUACAGCUACUAUUUUCAUUUUGCAUGAGAAUUACCCAAAUGGCAGUAGCUGUUGAUCAUAACCAUGGAUUCAAACCAUUGAUUACCCAAACCCAAAGAUGCAGACUUCGUUCAUCCUUCACUCACCUGGACUCUGCUGUGUUCGAACUGGAACAACAGAAGCUCCCUCAUCAAUCAUUGAAACAAUUCAUCAAUGGAGGAGUUACCAGCACCCAUAGAAGAAGCUUCUCCACACCUUGCCUGUCCUUCGUUGAUCAAGAAGAAGCCAACAUUAGUCCUUUUCCUAGAGUCGAGAUUGUUGGUGGCAGUGGAGCCCCACGUGUACGUGCCCUUGUAGUUGAAUCCGCUAUUGCUGUUGCAUCUGGUGUUGAGCUUGUCCCUGUGUCAAGUGGGCUCGGCGGUGCUUACUAUUUGCGCAGUCGUAAUGGUGAUACUAUUGCUGUAGCGAAGCCCAUCGAUGAGGAACCUUGGGCUAUUAACAACCCAAAAGGUUUUGCAGGUCGAAUUCUCGGCCAACCUGGUUUGAAACGCUCAAUUCGAGUUGGUGAAACUGGUGUUCGUGAAGUUGCUGCUUACCUCCUUGACCAUGGCAGUUUUGCUGGUGUUCCCCCAACAGCACUAGUUAAAAUUUCACAGGUUCCCUUCCAUGUCAACUCUAAUAAUGAUGAUUCAGAAACAACAACAUGUACAGCACCACCACUUUCUAAGAUAGCUUCUCUUCAGCGUUUCGUUGAACAUGACUCAGACGCAGGUGAUCUUGGACCCUCCAGCUUCUCUGUCUCUUACAUUCACCGAAUUGGAAUUCUCGAUGUAAGAAUCCUCAACCUUGAUAGGCAUUCGGGUAACAUUCUUGUGAAGUAUCAUCAUAAUAGCAGAUCAAACAGCAACAACUAUGUUGAAGAUGCAGAGCUUGUGCCAAUAGACCAUGGACUUUGCUUGCCUGAAAUGCUUGAUGAUCCAUAUUUUGAGUGGCUUCAUUGGCCACAAGCCUCUGUACCCUUUUCAGAGGCAGAAUUGAAGUACAUAUCAAAGCUUGAUCCAUUUAAAGAUGCAUUUCUCCUGAGGAAAGAACUUCCUUCGUUAAUUAGAGAAUCCUCAAUCCGUGUUCUUGUGCUCUGCACCAUUUUCUUGAAGCGUGCUGCCAAUGCUGGCCUUUGUCUUGCUGACAUUGGGGACAUGAUGACUCGGGAGUUUUGUGGGAAUCAAGAAGGUCCAAGUGUACUAGAGACCCUUUGUACCAAAGUCAUGGCUAGUAUCAAUGAUGAAACUAGUGAUGGCGAAGAAGAGAUCAUUAAUAAAGAAUUAGAAACUGAAAUUUUUGAAUUUGAUGAGAUAGGAACUGAAGAUGGCUGCAGCGUCAGUGUUUUCGAUCUUCCUCCUCUCUUACAAAGCCGUCCAGGGAUGAAUAAGCCACCGAAAAUUCCAGUACCAAAGCUUUCGGUUUCAAAAUCAAUGCGCGUGUUCCCCGGCCAUGACACUACCUUUUCUCACUUACAUGAAGAAGAAGAAGAAGAAGACGCCGAUGGUAACAGCGACGGUGAUGAUGCAAAGAAGUGUGACAGUAAUAAUGCUGAUGAUACUAAUGAUGAUAACAAUGGCAACAAUGGUGAUGAAGAUGAUGAUGAUCAUAAGGUUGGGGGCUUGAUAAAGAGUGUGAGCUUCUCUAUGCCAAAACGUAAGCUUGAUCAAACAGAUGGUAUUUCAUUUAAAAGCAUGAAUGAAGAGGAAUGGUCACUGUUCUUAGUGUGUUUUGAGAAACUUUUGCCAAAGGUGUUUGAUGAUAGGAAAAGCAUGGGACUGAAGCAAAGAUUAGGAACCUCAUGCAGCUUUUAAAGGAAUGUCUGGAAACAAAGCCAAGGCUUUUUAUUAAGGAGAUUAGCUAGGAAUGUUGUGUACAAUAUGGUGUAGAUUAUGUGAAUAUUAUUGAUUAAGCCAUAUUUUAUUUGGUGUAGAUAGAGAUACUACUGCUACUACUACAUGGAAACAUAGUGAGUGGCAAUCUGCCUUCCUUAUCAAUUUGUUGUUUUCAUUUCACUCUUCUUUUUUUUUUCAUUCUGUUUUAUA